CUUAGAAUUUUGUCAUAUAGUAGUGAGCCACGUUGCUUAUCGAUUCAUACUCACCGUACGACUCACUGAAUUUUACAUUGUUAAAAUAAAAUAAAAAUACAAGCUUUAGCAUGAACUUAACGUUGAAAACGGAAGAUUUUGAUUUUAAAGUACUAUUAGGAGAAGGAACAUUUGGGAAAGUUUAUCUAGUCAAGCGCCUAAAAGAUGAGAAACAAUUUGUUAUCAAGAAACAAGUACAGAAUGGAGAGAACGCUUGGAACAAUAAGAUAUUAUCAGCUGAAGUAGAAUGUUUACAAACUUUAAGACACCCUAAUGUGAUUUCUUAUUACGGAGCUUGGCAGGAAUCGAACAAUUUUUACAUUUUAAUGGAAUAUGCAGCUUGUGGUACAUUGAAACAUCUUUUAGAUGAAAGAUCUACUGGUCUUCUGGAAAAAGAUUCUUUAUAUUUAUUUGCACAAAUUUUGUUGGGAGUACAUCAUAUACACUCAAAAAAUAUUUUACAUCGUGACUUGAAACCUGAAAACAUUAUGCUUACUGGACGCAUGGGAGACAUUGUGAAAAUCGGAGACUUUGGACUUUCACGGGAUUUGCAGGAAUAUAAUCUCAGUCAUGCAGGAUCCUAUUAUUAUGUAGCUCCAGAAAUGCUGAGAAAGCAACCGUACGACUUCAAAAGCGACGUAUGGAGUAUGGGAGUUGUUUUGUAUGAGAUGUUGACUAAGGAGUUGGCAUUCCCAGCAUCGAACAUCGAAGAAAUUGUGCAGAUGAUAUGUAGAGAAAAGCCUCGAUUAUUUCAAUCUACAAACAUCUCUCGAAGUACUAAGAUUAUAGUUUACAAGAUACUUCAACAAGAUGCUUCGAUGCGACCAUCAACUCGGCUUUUACUUCUUUGCCCGUACCUCGUUUCGUAUACCACCAAAGUUUAUUUGAAUUUAGGUCGAUCUUAUGCAAUUCCCGACCAUGAAUUUAAGCUAGACAUUUUUCGACAAUUUUUAAAACCCUCUUCCGCAUCGUAGAUCGGUGUUUUCAAAAUUAUAAACUGUGAACUAACUGAUUCAGCGAUUGAUUAUUGUUUUAGGAAGAAUGCUACGUGCUGUCUUAUUUGUACAAUACUUGGGAAUAUAAAUUUUUAUGAAACUUACGCAAUAAAACUUAAUGUCAUU